AUGGUGCCUACGCGGAGCUCGUAUCAUCGACAGAGUAUUGCGGCGCCGACUGUCACGAGCACGCACGGUGGGUUCGAGACCGUGGCGGCGCUGGGGGUGGCGAAUAAGAACUCGAUGAAUAUGAGUGGGCCGGGGUCGGCUGUCAGACCUGCGAAUUCGAGACGGAGUUUUGCGGCGUCGGGACUGCAGAAUAUGCCGCCGGCGCUUAGUUACGGAUCACAGCAGUCUCAGCAGCAGCAGCAGCAGCAGCAGCAGCAGCAGCAGCCGUCGAUGCGGAAGAGCAGCUCGUUUAACGGACGGAGUAGUACACAUGGGAUGCGGACCGGGUUUGUCGCGACUGGGGCUCAGAUCACGGUGAAGGACGCGAGACCGAUCCGAGACCGGGCGUAUCAGAAUGCGAUUGCAAACUCGGUUUACGAGUACCUUGUCAACAAUAAUUUCGAGAUGGAUAUGAAGCACUCGAUCACGCCAAAGUCGUUGCGGUCGCCGACGCAGAAGGACUUUGUGAUGAUGUUUCAGUGGCUGUAUAAGAGACUCGACCCGGGAUACAGGUUCACAAAGAGUAUUGAGAAUGAGGUUAUUCCGCUGAUGAAGUUGGCGGGAUAUCCUUAUCUUGACACGCUCAGCAAGAGUCAGUUGGUCGCGGUCGGAGGACAGAAUUGGGGAGCAUAUUUGGCGAUGCUGUACUGGCUGGUUGAGAUUGGAGAGACAUUUGAUUCGUUUGAUAACAAGGACUACGACUUUGAAGAGCCAGAAGAUGUGGGGUUGAAUCAGAUUGUGAUCAACUACAUCACAAAGUCGUAUUCAGCCUUUUUGCAGAACGAGGACGAUUACUCCGAGUACGAAGCGGAAAUGAGAGUGUCGUUUGACGAGCGGAUCGCGUCGAUCAAGGAUACACUGGACGACUAUGCGCGACAGAAGGAGAAAUUUGAGGAGGAGAUGAAGGAGCUCGAACAGUCUAUGCCAUCUCUUGACGCGAUCCAGAAGAAGAGUGAGGCUUUGGAGAGCGAUUUGGCCAAGUUUCAGGAGUACAUUGACAAUAUGGAGAAGCGGAAGGGCAAAUGGAGCUCUAUGCUUGAGAGUAUCACAGAAGAGAUCAGGAUUGUGGAGGAGGAGUUUCAGAAGCUGGAGAAGGAGAAGGCGGAGCUGGAGUCGAAGAUUGCCGAGCAGGGGAUGAGUCCGGCGGAUAUCGACAGCAUAAUCGGGCAGCGAGAGCAGCUUACGAAGGCGAUUCAGGGCAACGAAGCAAAGUCGAGCGAGAUGACGCGGAAGCUGCAGGAGCGAGAGCAGAUUGCGCAGCAGGCGCUGGACUCGUUGGAGAGCAUGAUUCAGAGAUACAACAGUGUCGGGUACCGGAUCAGCAUUCUUCCUGCGGGGGCGGCGAACAGUCCGGCAAACAAGAACUUUGAGAUUGUGCUUUCGGCGCCUUUGGAGGAGGAGAGUCUGGGAGCGCGGCCGAAUGCGUUGCUGAAGGGUCUUGAUUUGAGAAACGAGGUUCGACCGGCGCUUCAGGAGUUGCGACUUCAGGUGUCGGGGAAAGUGCACAAGGCGCAGGAUGAAGCAAUCAGGUUACAGUCGCUGCUUGAUCGGGUGGCGGAGGUACUUGCGGACAAGCGAGACGAGCUGGACACUUUGGAGGCGCAGAUUUCUGCGGCGAAGAUUACGUACGACGAAGCAUUUGAGACGAUGACGUCUGAUGCGAGUUCGUCGCAUGCGGAGAUUGAGAAGCUGGAGCGGAAGAUCCAGGCUAUGAGGAUUGGAGUUCAGGACGGGCGUUUACAGCUUGAGCAGCGAGCGGAGAGAGUUGUUAUUGAGUACGAUCAAAUGCAGCAUGCGACCGACUUGGUGCGAGAGCAGAUGCAGCGACAGAUCAGCGAGUACAUUGAGAAGAUAGUCGGGUUCAAGCUGCAUAUCCAGACGGCGCUGGAAGAGCACGAGAACUUUGUGGUGGACGAGCUGGACAGCUGGCAUAAGAACAGCGAGAUCGAGACCGAAGGAGGUUGGCAGGGCAGGAGCGAGUAG